GUCCCCUGAAAUUUUUAUGUAUGCGAUGGAGAUGGUCUCAAAAAAAAUCUUUAGUUAAUACUGAUACUGAUUCAAAUGUAUAGUAAUAAUUUAAAUUAUACUAUAGUACAAAAUGGCACCACCUGCUAAAAUGGGGUCUAUAGAUAGACCAGGUACAGAAAAGUACCAACGAAGUGAUAGUGGAGUGGCUAAAAAGAAAAAGGGGAAAUAUUCAAAGGAUAAGAAACUAAAUGCCAAUUUAAAGAAACUCGAUAAUCAAUAUAAGGAAGCCCUUAGAUCAGCAGCAGGAACUGAUCUUCUUCUUACUGAAGAAACAGGGUUCUUAGAGGCUGAUUCUCCUAUGGAAAAAACCUUUAAAUUUCAACAACAAGAUAUAGAACAAGUAUUGGAUGAACAAACAGUCAAUAAGAAGUUUGAAUUAAAUUUACCUAAAUUAGGACCAUAUCAAAUUGAUUAUAGUCGAAAUGGUCGAGAUCUUUUAUUAGGAGGAAUUAAAGGUCAUGUUGCAUCAAUAGACUGGAGAAAGGGAGCUAUGAAUUGUGAAUUAUUCCUUAAUGAAACGGUUCAUGCUGUAAAAUAUUUACAUAAUAAUCAAUAUUUUGCUGUAGCUCAAAAGAAGUAUACUUUCAUAUAUGAUAAUCAAGGAACAGAAUUGCAUAGAUUAAAACAACAUAUAGAUUCCACAUUACUUGACUUUUUACCAUAUCAUUUCUUAUUAGUAACAGCUGGUAAUACUGGAUUCAUUAAAUUUCAUGAUGUAUCAACGGGUAAUUUAGUAUCUGAAUUAAGAACUAAAUUAGGUCCAACUCAAGCUCUUAAACAAAAUCCAUGGAAUGCAGUUAUGCAUGCUGGACAUUCAAAUGGUACUGUAUCUUUAUGGGCACCAAAUAUGUCAACUCCAUUAGCUAAAAUGUUAUCAGCAAGAGGACCAGUUACUGAUAUAGCCAUUGAUAGAGAAGGUAAAUAUAUGGUUGUAAGUGGAGCCGAUAAAUCUCUUAAAGUAUGGGAUUUAAGAAAAUUUAAAGAAUUAGAUAAUUAUUAUACACCUACACCAGCUAAAUCAUUAGAUAUAUCUGAUACAGGAUUACUUAGUGUUAGUUGGGGACCUCAUAUAACUGUAUGGAAGGAUAUUUUUAAAACUAAACAAUCAGAUCCAUAUAUGAAUCAUUUAAUACCAUCAUCUAAAGUUGAAAGAGCAAAAUUUGUUCCAUUCGAAGAUAUUCUUGGAGUAGGACAUUCUAAAGGGUUUAGUUCAUUAGUUAUUCCAGGAGCUGGUGAAGCUAAUUAUGAUGCCUUAGAAUUAAAUCCAUAUGAAUCAGUUAAACAAAGACAACAAGGUGAAGUUAGAGCUUUAAUGAAUAAAUUAUCUCCAGAUACUAUAUCAUUAGAUCCAAAUGUCAUUGGUACAGUAGAUAAAAGAGCCAAUAGUAUAAGAUUAAAACCUGGACAAAUAGGUGAAAUAACUGAAGGAAGUGAAGAAAAUAAGAUGGAAAUCAAACCAGAAGUUAAAGGAAAGAAUUCUUCACUCAGAAAACAUUUACGUAAAAAGACUCAAAAUGUUAUUGAUCAAAGAAAGUUAAGAAUAGAAAGAAAUUUAAAGAUGGAAAAGGAAGCAAGACAAAAGAAGUACAAGCAAGACAGAGGUAUACCGGAAGAGAAAGAUUUAUUAGGUCCUGCUUUAUCAAGAUUCAAGUAGUAUUUGUAGUAUAUAUAUAUAUAUUUAUAUUUAUUUCAUUUGGUAUAUUAAUUUUUCAAGUAAUGCAUUCUCCCAUUUAAUAGCAUCAAAUUGACUUUUAGAAAUCAUCAA